AUGGAUUCAAUAUGGCUGGUCCUGAAAGGCAACGUUAGUUUGGCUUUCUCAUUUCUCACGGCUGUCCUGUCCCUUUUAUUUGGUGGUGGGACUGCUCUUUUGAAUUUCAUAAUCUCUGCCGCCAUAUUUUUAACAACACUCUUCUAUCUAUUGGCAUCAAGCGGUGAUCAAUACAAACCAGUUCAAUGGUUUACGGCAUUUGCUCCUAUGCAAGGUGGUAACAGCAUUGGCCAAGCAGUGGAAGAUGCUGUCAGUGGAGUUUUCAUGGCUUCCUUGAAAAUGGCAGCAUUCUACGGUCUUUAUACUUGGUUGACUCACACUAUCUUCAGUGUCAAUAUUGUUUUUAUACCAUCAGCAUUAGCAGCUGUUUUUGGUGCUAUCCCCUUUUUAGGGACCUACUGGGCAGUGAUUCCUGCUGUUCUUGAACUUUGGCUGGUCAACCGAGAAGGCCUCCAAGCCAUAUUAUUGAUAGUGGCCCACCUCCUGCCAACUUAUGUUGUAGACACAGCCAUUUACAGUGAAAUAAAGGGAGGGCAUCCCUAUAUGACAGGCCUAUCCAUUGCUGGAGGCAUCUACUGCUUAGGCCUCGAAGGUGCUCUCAUCGGCCCUAUUGUAUUGUGUUUCCUGAUUGCAGCCAUCAGCAUCUAUGGUAACAUGCUGCGUGGAGGAGGCUCCGAACCAAAUUCAUCUAACCCCAGGGCUGGAGGUUUACCUGCUGUGACCCUAAAACGACCGGACCAAUUGCACGAUGGUGACAAGCGUACGCCAUGGGGCAUGACACGGUACACCAUUUCUUAUUCAAUUCACUCAAAUCCCUUCUGGACAUUGCAAAAACAUUCCUUGAACUUUGUUAUAUUAAUUGUUUUGAUUCUUAAUCAUUUUUCUUAUUUUAUUUAA